GCGCUGUGCGAGAUAGUUCGAGAAAAACGUAGAAGAGUCACCUUGGUAUAUAAGAUACAUCGUGGCGACGCAGUGAGGUUUCCCUUGUUUAUCUAGUAUGAGUUUAGCAAUUAUUUCGAGGGUUUGUCCUAGGGUGAGCCGAGGUGUCCAGGCCUUGGCAUGUAGGGGAUUUGCAGACCGAAAUAUACCAGUUCACCAACAUAGCGCAAAGGACCACCAACGCACAUCCCUAGAACCAUGGAACGAUUUUGUCCUUCCAUCCAGAAUUUUACCCGAGUCCUUCGCCAAUCGUUUCCGAGAUGUAGAGAAAAUGAUGCGAGACAUGGAGAAUUAUCUGGAACAUAAAUAUUUGUCUUUUCCUGCAAGAGGAGAGGAAUCGAAGGUUGAGAUCAGUGACAAAAAACUUAAGAUCAAGCUGAAUGUUCACCAGUUCAAACCCGAAGAAAUAAAUGUGAAAAUCCAGGAUAACAAACUGACCAUUACUGGAAAGCAUGAGAAGAAGUCGGAGGAGGGACACAGUUAUUUCGCCCAGGAGUUUACACAACAGUACACCAUACCACAGGGAAUUGAUUCAGACAGCAUCAUCUCUACUUUCUCUGACGAGGGUGUGCUGGUGAUCCAAGGAAAAGUUAAGGGAGGCGGAUCAAAAGAGAUUCCUAUUGACAGGAAGUAAACGGUAGAUUAGGAACAGGGCAAAAUCUCUACGCAGUGACGUGGCAUUGUGACCAAGGGACUAUUUUGUGUAAUCCCUCCAGGCCAAGUAGCUGGUUUUAAGAAUUUUGAAAAAUGUUGCGCUGUAUAUUUUUUUGUGUAAAACUUUCAAUAAAAUUGAGAGUGAAAUGA